UCCGACGAGGAGUGGCGCGCGACGCUGUCGGAGGACGCCUACUACGUGCUCCGAGAGGAGGGCACGGAGCCGCCGCGGUCGUCGCCGCUCAACGACGUGACGGAUCCCGGCACCUUCCUCUGCAAGGCGUGCGGCGAGCCGCUCUUCACGACCGCGACGAAAUUCGACAGCGGCACGGGCUGGCCGUCCUUCUUCGACCCCGUCGACGGCGACGCCGUGGAGCUGCGCGCGGACUUCAAGCUCGUGCUCCCGCGGACGGAGGUGCGCUGCGCGGCCUGCGACGGCCACCUGGGCCACGUCUUCGACGACGGGCCCCGGCCGACGGGCUGCCGCUACUGCCUCAACGGCGUGGCUCUGAACUUCGUC